GAUAUGCUGUCAGAGUGAGGUAGCAAAAGGUUGCGGAGGAGGAGUUGAAUGAAGCAAACGAUAGCGAUUGCAGAAGAAUUCGGCAGAUCAAACCAAAACAUCACACAAAACCAACAAACUCCAUAUUCUCUCUUUUCUCAAUCUUCUCUCUCCGGUGGCUCCCUCCGUUAGAUUAACGGACUAGAUGUGCCGGCAAGAAUCGCGCGCGCGUAUGUCGGCGGAGGAGGAAAUUGCGGCGGAAGAGAGCCUUUCCGUUUACUGCAAGCCCGUCGAGUUCUACAACAUUCUUCAGCGCCGUGCCAUAAGAAAUCCGUCAUUUCUUCAAAGAUGUUUGAGUUACAAAAUAGAGGCAAAGCACAAAAGGAGAAUACAAAUGACAGUUUCCCUUUCAAGGGCCAAGAACAACGGUGCACAAACUCAGAAUUUGUUUCCUUUGUAUGUUUUUUUGGCAAGAUUAGUUUCUGAUAUUGCUGCUGCUGAGUACUCUGCUGUAUAUCGAUUCAACCGAGCAUGCAUGUUAACCAAUUCCACUGGUGUUGAGGGGAGAAAUCAAGUCCAAGCAAAUUUUAUUCUGCCUGAUAUUAAUAAGCUGGCAUCAGAGGUUAAAUCUGGCGCAGUUUCCAUCUUGCUUGUCAGCUUUGUGGGAGUCCAAAAUUCUGUUGGUGGAACGAAUCUAUCAAAGGGUGCUUUUGAUAUGGCUUCUUUUCCUUCAAAAGUUGGGGGAUACUGUCUAUGGAGCAAGAUACCGUUGGAAUCACUUUAUAUCUCGUGGGAAAAUUCGCCAAACUUUAGUUUGGGACAGCGAGCUGAGAUGAUGUCAACUGUAGAUAUGCAAUCUUGCUUCUUGAAGUUGAGCUGUUCGAAUGAGGAAAAAUGCAUCUCAAUUGAAGUUCCAUAUAAUCUAGAAACUGUGAGUAACUCCCAGCAAGUUCAAGUUACUGUUUCUGCAGAAGAGUUUGGUGCUAGAGAAAAAUCUCCUUACAAUUCAUAUAUAUGUGGUGACGUUCCGUCUUCAUCAUUGUCUCAAAUUAUUCGGUUGAGGGCAGGAAAUGUCAUUUUUAAUUACAGAUACUACAGCAAUAAGUUGCAAAGAACAGAAGUAACUGAAGACUUCUCCUGCCCAUUCUGCUUGGUUAAAUGUGCAAGCUUUAAGGGCCUGAGAUUUCACUUGACCUCAUCGCAUGAUCUCUUCAACUUUGAGUUUUGGGUGACAGAAGAGUAUCAAGCUGUGAACGUGUCUGUCAAAAUUGACAAUGGGAGAUCGGAGAUUGUUGCAGAUGGUGUUGAUCCUAAGCUACAAGUAUUCUUCUUUUACUCAAAGCCACUUAAACGCAAGAGACUGAAGAACCUACUUCAUGGUGCAAAGCAUGUGCAUCCAUAUAUCUUGGAGUCUAAUUUGCGCGCGGGAGUCUAUGAGCUAUUGGACAAGGCAGAUGAUGCUCAUUCCAGUAAAGGUGAAAGGGCUCGUAUCUCAGUAGUUUCAAGUGCCUUACUGCUAUCAAAUGCUGAUCCUGGUUGUGUUCAAUCAACGUGUGGAAAUAAUCUUGCACCUCCUGCAAUGUUGCAAUUCGCAAAGACAAGAAAGCUAUCUGUGGAACGUUCAGACCCUAGGAAUUGUACCUUACUGCGGAAGCGGCAGUUCUUUCAUUCUCACAGAGCCCAGCCCAUGGCAAUAGAACAAGUGUUGUCAGAUAGGGAUAGUGAGGAUGAAGUUGAUGAUGAUGUUGCAGACUUUGAAGAUCGAAGGAUGCUUGAUGAUUUUGUUGACGUGACUAAAGAUGAGAAACAAAUGAUGCACAUGUGGAAUUCUUUUGUGCGGAAGCAACGGGUACUCGCUGAUGGUCAUAUUCCUUGGGCAUGUGAAGCGUUUUCAAAAUUGCAUGGACCUGACCUGGUCAAAAACCCAUCUCUGAUAUGGUGUUGGAGAUUAUUCAUGAUCAAACUUUGGAAUCACGGUCUCCUCGAUGCACGUAUGAUGAACAAUUGCAACAUUAUUCUUGAAAGAUGCCAAAAUCAGGUUUCUGAUCCAAAAGAUUAGGAGAGGAUAUAUAUAUUUUUUUUGUUGAAAAAAAAAAAAAAAAAACCCUACCAGGGUUUGAACCCUGAAAAGUUGCAAAGGUAAAGGGUGAGAUGAUUUGUUUAUUCGACGAAA